UUUUUUUAUAUAGGUACUGCACUAAUAUUAGGUCAGAUGCCAUUAGAUAAAAUAACAGAUGGUCUGAUGGAAUUGUGUAAAACGCAAAUGCUACCUUUAUCUUCCUUACUAAAAGAAGAAAAAAGUAACAUUAAAGAAGGCACAAAAUCAGACCCUGCUGUUUGGUUAGACAGAAUUGCAGCUAUAUUUAGGCAUACUACUCCUUCAAUUACAAAUGGCCAAACACAUCCUUGUCAACCUGUUGUGGAGAAAGUGUGGCCUUUGUUGUCUGAAACUUGUAAUAAAUAUCAGUCAGAUGUACGGAUAAUUGAACGAUGUUGUCGUUGUAUACGUUUUGCAGUUAGAUGUGUUGGAAAACAAUCUGCUUCAUUGCUUGAACCUCUAGUUACUCAAAUGGUACAAAUUUACCAGAUCCAUCAACAUUCCUGUUUCCUAUAUCUAGGAAGUGUUUUAGUAGAUGAAUAUGGCUCAGAACCAGGUUGUGUUCAAGGAUUGUUAGACAUGUUACAGGCUUUCUGUGGUCCAGCCUUCAGGUUAUUGGAAAGCAGUGAUGGUUUAAGAAAUUAUCCUGACACAGUUGAUGAUUUAUUUCGUCUCUGCACAAGAUUUUUGCAAUGGACACCUCUUGCAUUCCUGCAGUGCCCCACAAUUAAACCAGUUCUUCAGUGUGCUGUUGUAGCAUGCACAUUAGACCAUAAAGAUGCUAACACUUCUGUCGUAAAAUUUUUCCAUGAUUUUAUUAAAGGUGCCAGAGUUCAAGAUGGAAAUAGACAACAGGAUCUAGCAAGUUUUCAUCAGAGACGAGCUUUAACCCAAGCACUUCUUGCUGAGCAUGGUCAACUUUUAGUAAACACUCUGAUACAGGCUUGUGUAUUUUGUUUACCAUCUUAUAUGCUCUCAAAUGUUGCAGAUGUACUUUAUGAAUUAGUUCUAUUUGAUAAAGAGUCUGUGAAAGGCUGGUUAGAGCAUGCCUUGAGGAUGCUACCAGGUCAAAGCAGUAGUGGGACAGUUACUGCAACUCCAGAACAGUUGACAGAAUUCCAUACAAACAUUAUCACUGCUGAACAUGUAAAGACAGUUGUUGCAUUAAUGCGAGACUUUGCUAGGUUGUACAGAUAAUACUUAUAACCUGGAUCAUCAGAUUGGUUUUUGUAUACUUGACUAGUCACUGUAAAAGGUGAUGACUCAAAUGCUCAUUUAAUUGUUAUUGACCCAAAAACGAUUUAAAUAAUUCAAGACUGUGCUGAACAUUUUUACAGUACUCUAUCAAAAUAAAUUCUCCCCUCAUUAACAUCAGAACUGAAGUGUUGUGUUUUAUGUGAUGAGCUUAUACAGUUCUUUCAAAGUCUUCCUGUCUGGAUGUUCUGUCAGUAUGCUUGCUUUGUUCAUUUGUUUUUAUGAUAAAUGUGUGAUAGGUUAUGUAACUUCAUAAAUUUCAUUAUAUUUAUUCAUUAUUUUGACUAUUGAAAGCUCUACUUAUGUAAAAGAGAAAAAUAAUUGCAGUGAUUUGAUGUUUUUUGUUAAUAGUUGUUUUUAAGUUUGUCAAAAUGAUUAAAUUUUUUGUAUAUCCUUAAUAGGUAUUAUAUCAAAGAUUGUUUUCAGAAGAAACCACAUUGUUAUAUUUAUGCAAUUAGAAAAUAUCAUAUUUUAUAAAAUAUAUAUUUUAAUUGUAAUAUUAAUAAUUUUUCAAAUUAAAAUCAUCUUAAAUUCUUUAAAAUUUUACUUUUUACAGAAGAUCAGCUCUUUUGUUAGUGUUCAUUAAUUUGAUGUGGUGCCUAUCAUGUAAGUUUAGGAUAGAAUUUGCUUUAUUUAGCACAUGUUUUACUCUUAUUGUGAAGGCUCACAUUCAUUUUAAUUUUUUUUUCUAUUUUGAGUAUAAGGAUUUAAUUUUGAAAUCCUAUUUUUUUCCCUUUCCAUAUUCAUAUUAGUCAUUAAAUUUUUUAAGAUUAGAAAAUUUCUUUUGGAAAAAUGAAAUUAUAGUUGUAAAAAUUGCAUUAAAUCUGAGCAGUUUCACUGUAAGCAGGUAUUUUGUUUAAUCUUUUUCAGUGUGAAGUGAUGAGAUGUGUUUUUAAAAUCUUGCAUGAUUUUCUUUUUCUUUUUUUUUUUUUUUUUUUUUUUUUUUUUUUUAAAAAGUAAACACUUGUUAUUUUCACUUGUAUGAUUUAAAACUAAGAAACAUUCCUUAAAAAGUUGUUAUUAAAGUUGAGUUAUUAAUGAGUAAGUGAGUAAAUGUUGUUCAUUAAAAGCUUAUAUAUUACCAUAAACUUCACUAAAGUAAUGAAGUGUGCAUUAAAUGUAUAGUGAGAUAAUUGUUACAGUUGUGAUAAAUAUAAUUAAAAGGAAGUAUCAUUAUACUUUUAUUGUAUAGUAACAUAUUUUAUUAUUUCUAAUUGCAUUUAAUUAAAUGUGUUCUUGUUUGUUCAUAAAAUUCCCAUCCCUGCCUUUUUUUUAAAUGCUUAAAAACUGAAGAAUUAAAUAUGUAUUCAAGAAAAUAUUUUAGAGUGUAAUCAGUGCUUCAGUAGUGAAGAAUAAUGCAUCUUAAUACCUUCAGUGAUAACAUUUAUUAUUUCUUCAGUUUUCUCCCUUUUUAAAUAUAAAACUUCUUGCAUUUAAUUUUAGUAAGAAAAUUAUUUUGUGAUGAAUUUAAAUUUUGUAAAUUUGAAUACAGUAGAUUGGGAAAAAAAAAUUAUAAUGAGCAGUUGCAAAAAUAAUGGCUUAAAAUAUUUGUAACAGAUGUUGGUAAUUUAAUUAUCAAAUAUAAAAAGAUAUUUUUAGUGAAAUUGUGGCUAUUUAUAAAAACAUAUUGAGAUUGUGAAUAUCAUUUUCUAAAAGUGAAUAUUUGAAAGUUUUUUGCUACCAAACUGCAGAAUGCAAUUAUUGUUCGCAUUUCAUUAUGAAGAAACAUUUAUUUAUGUAACUUCCUGCUGUUUUAAUUUUAAAGAAGGAAGCAUAGUUUGACCUUUCUGAUAGUUUGAUAUAAGAGUUAUCUACAGCAAUCUUGCUGUCUCUUAUAUUUUCCCCUUCUUAAGCAUGUUAGCCGUGGAUAGUAACCCAAGUGUUAUUUUCUGCAUAAUAUAUUUUCUUGACUUUGUUUGUAAUUACUUUCAUAACAUUAGGAAAUUACAGAGGUCUUUAAAUCUUUUAGGAUUAUAAGAGAAAUUAUGUUUUUCGGUUACAUUCUGAUGACUGAUAUGAUUUAUAAGAAAGGAGCUUUUCAUAUGUUUAAAGAUCUUAUUGAAUAAAUGCUUGUACUCAAAAAUGUAUUUUCCUCAUUAUUUUAAAAUUUAGACCUGACAACAAAAAUCAUUACUUAGUAACUUUGAAAUUACAACUUUUUCUGCAUUGAUUAAAAGGCAAAUUAAUUAUCUGCCAUUUAAAAUUAUAUUCAUAGAAUUUUUUCCUCAAAAUAUAUUAAAAAUUGGCAACAGAACUUUCAUUUGUUGUCAGUGUUUUAAUUCUAUAUUAAAUGUAAAUGUUUGAACUUAUAUUUGAUUGAUUGUUAAUUAUGCAAGAGUAAAAAAUGUAUAAUUACUAAUUUUUUAUGAAAUAUAAAUUUGGAAAAGCAAUGUUUAGAAAGCAAACUUUAGAUUGGUAUUUAAAAGUUUUCGUCAUAAUUUUAAAAAUCAGUUAAUACCACCAAAAUACUCCAGAUUAUUUCAAAAGGUUAUAAAGUAACUUCAUCAGAUUGAAUAACCUAACAUGAUCAUGAUUUUUACAUAUUCUGCACCCCCCCCCAAUUUAGAAAUUUAUAGAAGUAAAUGGAAAUAUGCUAUUAGGAGUUCAUUUCCUCUUUUUAUUUUGAAAACAGGAACAUCUUGUUUGCAUAUUUUAGCAUUCUUUUAUUUCUACGUUCUUUUAUUAAGCAUAAAAAGAAUGAUGCAUUAACAUUUUAUAGUCACAUCCCUUAUACUGGUUACAUUUUUUUUGAUUAAGUCUGCAUCUCCUUCUUUCCAUUACUAAAGGAAAUUUUCUAAGAUGAGAUUGAAAUGCUUUUAAUUUAUUUUUUAAAUAUUUCUGCAAAUUUUUACCUGAUAAUUUUAGGAAGGCUAUUUCAGUUUUGCUGUGGUGUCAUUUCAUAUUUUCUGUUUACAUAUUACUUUUGAAAGAUAUGCAAUUCUGAUGUCACCAGGUUUAGAAUAAUUAGUAAAAAUAUUAAUAAGAAAGAAGCUCAAAAAUUUAUAUUACUCUUAUAGAAUUUGUUUGUUCUCCCUAUAGAGCCAUAAUUUGGGUGAUUUGAGGUUUUCUUGGCAGACAUAUUUUCACUGAGCUUUUAGUCUCAGCGCAGGAAAAUUUUGCUUUUUUAUGAUAUUAACUAACGAGAAAGCAUCGUCAUGCAGGGGAUAGCUGGUUUGCUUUAAAAAUUAUCAUAUUUGCAUUAUUUUCACUUGUAUAGAAACAGACUUAUCAUUAUUUUGUUGAAAGCUAGAAGUGAUUUAAUGUAAUAAAGUUAGCUGUAUAUCUAUAUAAAAUUGAUAAUGAAUUUUCAGGAAUGUAAAAUUAUUGAAACAAAUGUAUUAUUAAACUUUUACUUUAUGGCACAUUCAGAGAACUACUACAACUGCUUUGCAUUUGAUUUGAAUGCCUAAUUUCAUUAAUUAUUGUUGAGUACCAGGAAUAGUGAUUUUUCAACUAAGGUGCUAUAUAUGCUCACUGUUGCUGAAGAUGUUGUCCAUUGACCUCUGCCCAGAAAAAAAAAAAAAAUAUAUAUAUCUAGUCCAUACAAGAAGACAAUGUUAAAUGGCAGAGAUAAACUUUGUAUAGACAAUCAUCCCAAUUUAUUGCUCUGUGGAGAUCAGCUCUUUGUAUGUCAUUUUUUGUGUAGUUAAUAUUUUGUUCUAAAACAAUUGAUUCUAGUUUUAAUUCUUUAAAGAAAGGUUUUAAAAAAUAGAGAAUGAAAUUUAAUCUUGAUCUUGACAUUCAGAUAUUCAAAAUAUUAUUUCAUGUAGUAUAGAGUAAUGAGUAAUUAUUGAUGCCUCAUUAGGUAAGUAUGUGAAGUGUUUUUAUAUUGUCUUAAGUUAUAUGAUGCAAAAGUUCUUUGACUUGUAUGUGAGAAUAAUUUGUUUCUGUUUAUAUCUCACAUGAAAAGCAUCUAUACUAUCAUUUCUGGAAAUAUUUUUCUGUUAUUAGAAAUUGUCUAAAAAACUGAUUGCUUUCAUGGUUAUUUCUAUAAAGAAGUUUUUAUUUCAAAGUGUUUGAAUUCGGUAUGCUUUACUGAACUGUAUGCGUCAAGCAAGUCUUUUGUUCUCUCCUCCAAAAUAUGUUUUGAUUUUAGCUGUUUUUAGUAACCUCUUGAAAAUCUAUUCUAAAUGUCAUGGAAUAUUAGUAGCCAUUUUAAUAUAAAUAAAGAUAAUAUCUUUGAAAUAAGCUUUGUUGUAUUUGCUACCAUGUAUAUAUCUGAAUACAAAGUAUCACUUGCUAAAAUUACACUGUGCCUUUGUUAUGUAUCUUAAAUUUGAAUAUAGCACAUUAAGUAUAAGGAUAACAUAGUGCUGAAAAGGAUAUACAAAUCAUGAAGUUUUACAUUAAAGUGCAAAUUUAAAAGCAUCUACAUUUUAAAUUUAAAAGUUAUGCAAAUCAUAUUUUUACUGCAACUGUAAAUUUCUCAUUGUAAUGUUUUUAAAUGCUUUCAAGGAAUUUUACUUACCAUAAUGAAUAGGAUAAGGAUAUUUGAUAGAUUAAAUUUUAAAAAGCUAUUUUUUAAAAUUUAAAGAUCAUAGUUAAGUAGAGACAAUUUGAUUGAGGCUGAAGAAAUUACACUUGGAACUGCAGUUAAAUGUCCGGAAGCAUUUUAGAAGUACACUUUCAGUUGCAUGAACUUACUUACGAAUAAUCAUGCAUUACAAACUGCUUUAAAUUUUCUUCAUUUGCCAUUUCAUUCCUUUUUAAUUAAAUAUCAGAUUUUCUGACAGAUUAUUAUAAUAAUUUAUCAUGUAAAAACUGAAGACGUAUCCUACAGGAAGACUGAAAAUUAAAUUUAACAUUUGAAUGCAAUGCAACACAUAUUUAAAACUGCAUUUUUAAUGUCUCCCUAUUCCCUCCCCCCCCCCCCCACCAAAAAAGUAUAAAUUUCAGAACUAGCUUAAGAAAAGCUACCAGCUUCAGAGCAUGGAUAAGUACAAUUUUAUUGUAAAGUAAAUUUUAAAAUCACAUAAAUCCUCUGCAUAAUCUAAUUUUAUUUAUUUUAAAUGCUUUUUAUUAAUGGAGAGAGGUUUCAUAACAGUUUAGUUUAUUUGAUGUGUGCCAACAUAAUAAAAUUUCAUAAAAAUAUUGAAAUUUUCUUGUCUAGAAAUUCUGUUUAUUUGAAAUUAUUGUUUUUCAUAAAAUUUGAUUUCUUUAUUUUUAUGUUGAAGUUACUUUAAAAAAUACUACAGUGAUGUACAGAAUUUGACAUUUUGCCUGUAAUAAAUAGAAGUGUGUGAGUGAAUGAGAAGAAAUGUUCAUAUUUUUAAUAAUAUUUUGUAUGAAAUGAGAUGUUGACUAUGUUAACACAAUGUAUGUCAUUGCAAAAAGCAAUUUUUAGUUUUGCAUGUUACUUAUUAUAUUGCAGGCAUGCAGAUGUAAAAUUUUUAGUUCAAGAAUCUGAACAGAUUGUAUAUGUGUAAAAGUUUAGAUUUACCCUUGUACAUAUGUUUAUUGUGUAUUGUAUAUUGUGAUGUGUGUUACUUAUUUCAUGUGCUGCUGAGGAUUUGUUUUUUAAGUAAUUUCAUUGUCUGUUAAUAAAAUUAAAUAUUUGUGUGUU